CGCCGGGGCGACGGGGGCGUGGCCGGCCGCGUGCGCGCGCAGGUCCGCCUCGUGCGGCGCGUCUGGCUAGGCCAGGUCAUGGGACCCGGUCCGGCUGCGGGAUCCGUGCGGGCGCGCUACCUCGUGUACUUUCAGUAUUUGGGUGCAGACUUCAACGGGGUCGCGGCGGUCCGGGGCGCCCAACGCGCUGUCGGGGUCCUGAAUUAUCUGGAGGAGGCUGCAGAGCAGCUGAAUUCCGUGGUGCCGGUCAAGUUCACCAUCUCAAGCCGUACGGACACCGGGGUUCAUGCCCUGUGCAACACCGCACACCUGGACAUCCAGCGCCGCUCAGGCCGGCCACCCUUCCCCCCCGAGGUCCUAGCCCAGGCCCUCAACACCCACCUGAAGCACCCGGCCAUCAGCCUGACCUGUGGCCACAGGGUACUGCAGGCUUUCCGAGUGCCCAGCGACUUCCAUGCGCGAUACGCGGCCACGUCCAGGACCUACCUGUACCGCCUGGCAACUGGCUGUCCUCAGCCUAAACAGCUGCCUGUGUUUGAACGGAGCUUGUGCUGGGCUCUGCGGUCAGACUACCUGGAUGUUGACGCCAUGAGAGAAGCUGCUCAGUACCUCCUUGGAACCCAUGAUUUCAGUGCCUUCCAGUCAGCUGGCAGCCCGGCCACCAGCUCAGUGCGAACACUGCACCGAGUCUCAGUGUCCCUGGGCCCAGCCAGCCCCUAUGUCCUUCCUCAGGAGAGCAGGUGGCAGCUGCUGAUACCUAGAAACUGCCCAGUCCACGACCAGCCCAAGGGGAAGAGGAAUUUCUGCAUGACCAGCUCAGACUCUGCUGGGAGGGCACCGAGCUCAGGGCUGGGCCUCUGCAGGCGAGCUGGCUGUGCUCCCCCAGCCCCCAGACUCAGGGCAUCUCUACGGAGACUACGCUUCUGGAACCUGGAGUUUGAGAGCCAGUCUUUCCUGUACAAACAGGUCCGGAGGAUGACAGCCGUGCUGGUGGCUGUAGGGCUGGGGGUUUUACUGCCUGCCCAGGUGAAGAUGAUUCUGGAGAGCCGAGACCCCUUGGGCAAACACCAGGCUCAUGUGGCCCCAGCACAUGGCUUAUUCCUGAAAUCAGUGCUCUAUGGCAGCCUAGGGGAUCCUGGUCCUUCCUCCUGCAUCCUGCCGGGUCUACAGUGUGAAAACUACAGGGAGUCUGGACUGUCAGCUGAGGUCACUCCAGUUACAGCACUCUAGUCCAGCAGGCACUAACCCUGUGCUGGUCAAGGCAGGGUAUCCACAGCCACCUGAGGCCACAGCAUCUCCACUACUCUGGACACUGCUCUCUACCCUGGUGGGGAGUGGAGGACAUGCUGGUAUGGGAUGGG